UCUCACUCUCUCUCUCUGCGUCUCUUCCCCUUUCGUACCAGAAAAAUCUCCGAUCGAAGAAACCUCUUCACAAUGGCGGCGUACAGAGCUGAAGACGAUUACGAUUUCCUCUACAAGGUGGUCCUGAUCGGAGACUCCGGCGUCGGAAAAUCCAACCUCCUCUCUCGCUUCACCCGCAACGAGUUCAGCCUCGAGUCCAAAUCCACGAUCGGCGUCGAGUUCGCCACCAGAAGCAUCCGCGUCGACGAAAAUGUCGUCAAGGCUCAGAUUUGGGACACAGCCGGCCAAGAAAGGUACCGAGCGAUCACGAGCGCGUACUAUCGAGGAGCCGUAGGAGCGUUCCUUGUCUACGACGUUACGCGGCGCGUCACGUUCGAGAACGUCGAGAGGUGGCUCAAGGAGCUCAGAGACCACACGGACGCCAACAUCGUCUGUAUGCUCGUCGGUAACAAGGCUGACUUGCGUCACCUACGAGCCGUUUCCACCGAAGACGCAACGGCCUUUGCGGAGAGAGAGAGCACGUUCUUCAUGGAGACGUCUGCGCUCGAAGCUUUGAACGUGGAGGACGCUUUCACUCAAGUGCUUUCUCAGAUAUACCGCGUGGCGAGCAAGAAGGCGUUGGAUGUUGGUGGAGACGAUCACGCUGCGUUGCCAAAAGGGCAGAGUAUUAACGUUGGGGGUAAGGAUGAUGUCUCUGAGGUCAAGAAGGUUGGUUGCUGCUCAAGUUGAUGUUUUCUUGUAAUGUUGUAUCUAUUUUUUUUUGUUCACGUUAUCAUAUUCAACAAUCUAUGAACAAAGAAGGUAAAAUAAAAACUUCAGGGGCCAACCAAA